ACCCUUGUUCAAGUCACAAUUUACCGAACUAUAUGACGAGGGUACACCACUGUUUCCUUUCUUAUUUUCCUUCAUCUCUAUUUCUAUCUUCGCCUUUCUCUUUUUUUAACAUUCUUUCUUUUAUUAAAUCUCUCGUUUUCUUUGCUACCUCGUUUCUCUUUACGUUAUUUUCACUUGUUAUAUUUAAAUACGUAUCAGUUUUUAUUCCGAUUCUAUUUCUCAUUUCCAUUUUAAUAUGUGCCAUUUUAACUGUCCCCACACUUUAUACGUUGUUUUUCUCGUCUAAUUCUUUUUUCCUCCUUACCCUGUUUGUCGUCACGUCGUUAUCAUCUCAUUCAAAUCUUAUUCGGGACACUGUUCAGAACUUGAUCUUCGAAUCUCCUUGGAUAAAGCAGAUGGUAAAUAUGAUUCGCGAGUGUUAUUGUAUAUUACUGGAGUGACCAGUAAACAACAGACUGAUUUUGCGUCAUUUCCUAUUGUUAUUCCUUCUUGUUGUUUGACAUUGUUUUCUAUCGCGAUGAGAUCAGCCACGGAAUCGUGUGUGAACGAUAUCCAGGAGACAACGUCGCAGAGCAGACCGGAUUAGGGAUACAUCGAUCAUCAAGAGAUCAAAGAAAGAAAUCACGCAACGUCUCUUUCGAGUAUACUCUCUACCCUUUCUUUUUUUUUUCUUCCAUAUCUUCCCUCUUUCUUACUCAUUUGACAUUUCCCUUCUCUUUCUUUUUAAUCAUCUCCAUUUUCUCUUUCAUUUUCUCUCAUUUUCGAUUUCCUUCUCAACUUUUUUACCGCUUGGUGGUGAAACGCGUCGCAGCGGCACGAUCGUCAUCGACGAAAAAAGAAGAAUCUAUAUACUGUACCGCGACAUACAUUCGAGUUCGCGCUCAGUCAAUAGCAGCUGCAUCCUUUGAAAUUUCAAAAGAACCAACCACAAAUACAAGAGUAUCCACAAGCGUGGAACGCAUUGUGAUCGAAUAUCAAACGACCGGCGAUCAAAUUACCGGGAAAAAAAACUGCCUUCCACCUUAAUACGGGUUAUAUCACCACGAUUUCGAAGAGAAACGAGCCAACAAGUCGCGAGGAGUAAACAGUAUUAUGCGUCUACACUUUUGUUUACUAUUUAAGAAAAGAGAUAUUUACAAAAGAGUCAAUAUGAGUUUGCAAAUCUCGUAGAUAAAAGAAGGAAAAAAAGAGGAAAGAGAACGAGAUAAGUUCUGUGUAGGAACCGCAACGAUGAAAGGUACAAAUUUCGAUGAACCGAGGAACCAAAGAUUCCAAUGAUACCUUCGCAAGGUGGCCGUGAGGGAUAUAAAGGUUCUCCCAACCCUCCGAGCAACGGCUCUGAGGACAAUGGCUUCGCUAAUCGACCUCGAGUGGCGGGCCUUUACACGACGAAUCUCUUCAGACAAGAGCUCGUUCGAUCGUCAGAAGAGACUGGUGCUCGAUCUCAUGGUCCCGCGCGAGAUAUUCUUGAAAGAUCGCCACGAGAGAUUGGAAGCCAAAGAAGUUUAAAUCUUCCUACGGGUAUUGCCGAGGAAUUUGAACUAUUGGAUCGGUCGAGAAUCGGGAUUUCGAGGACGCCUCAACCAUUGAGAAGGGCAGAGGUGGCCGUUGCUCAUUUCGAGCCGAGAUCUAGAUUCGACGAGUCGGUCAGGCGAGGGGAUCAUUAUGGAUCGCCGUCUGUCGAGAGGAUCCGUGGGAGGGAACACGAGCAACAGGAAGGAUGCGUUGUACCCGAUACAAUUCGAAGAUCCCACGCUGAAUUUUCCGAGCAAAUGUUAUGGAUGGAGUCGGGUAUCGAUAAUUCUAAAAUACCUAUUUCAACUGGCGAUUUUGCUGGGAGAAGGGGGCAAGAUGAUAGUUCCACUUUCGCAUCAACAUCCGCCUCGAUACUCAUUUCACCCGCUAGCGAAACAAGCGAAUGCGAUGCGAUCUCGCCCCCGGAAGUGGAGAAGCCAUCACCGCCACCGUACACAGGCCUUAGCCCGCCUGAAUACACCGAGCACGUGUACGAAACUAGUGAAACACCUUCGCCGAUAUUUCCAAAUUAUCCGUUGACAUCGUACGCGGAGGAGACGCGUCACAGGCGUUCGAGAUCCUCUGUUUCGGACGCCGAACUUGAAUUUAUAGUACGCAAGGAACGUUUAAGAAGCGAGGAUCGGUUUGAGUCGGAACACUUGGAGAAAGAUUCGAGGCAAAUCGAAUCCGAGCAUCAAGAUUUUUCUAAAACGAUUAAAUCCACGGAUGAGGAUGCGUCGAGAUCGAGGGAUGUGGCAAGGUUACGACCUCCUUUAACAGCAGUGGCGGGCGCUUCGGCCGAUUCUGGGACCGGUGAUUCCGGAAGUGCGGAGAUCCAGGUGGAUCCUCUUGGUACGCCUAGGACAACGACCGCCGGCGAGAUUUUGGACGGAGGGAACGGGAUUGAAAACGGUCAAGCUGCCAAUAAAUCGACGAUUAAAACUCCCACGAACAAUAAACAAACGGUUAAAUUGUUCACGAAAGAAAGCCUCGACAGGUUGGAGAAUAGAACUGUGCAACUUGUCAGGGAUUAUGGAUUUCAACCGAAGAAACGAAUGUCGGUCGAAGAUGGUGCGGUGCUUCCAAAUAAAUAUGAACCUUUCCCAACCGAUCUUUACGGCAGGCCUCUCGAAGAAAUCGACAAUUUUAUUUACGACGAGACAUUUUGCGUAGUAUCGAAGAGAUUUCGUAAAAAUUACAUCCACAGAUUUACGGCGACGAACAGUUGGUUCAUAUUUUCUCCAUGGAAUCCUAUAAGACGAUAUUGUAUUUACUUAAGCACGAAUCAGUACUUCGAUUAUGUAGUCAUGGCUACGAUAAUAUUAAAUUGUGCCUUCCUCGCCAUGACAGAAACUAUCGAGGAAGCCGAAUAUAUAUUCUUAGCUAUAUACACGGCUGAAAUGGUGAUCAAGUCGAUAGCUAAGGGAUUUGUGCUCAAUAAGUAUACUUAUCUGCGAAAUCCGUGGAACUGGUUGGAUUUCGUAGUUAUCACUAGUGGCUAUGCGACUAUAGGGAUGGAAGUAGGAAAUUUAGCUGGGUUGAGAACAUUUCGAGUAUUGAGAGCUCUUAAAACCGUUUCAAUUAUGCCUGGCUUAAAAACCAUCAUAAAUGCAUUGUUACAUAGUUUUAAGCAACUUGCCGAAGUAAUGACGCUCACGAUCUUUUGUCUGAUGGUUUUUGCACUUUUUGCUCUACAAGUUUAUAUGGGUGAACUUCGAAAUAAAUGUGUUAAAAUUUUGGAAUUCAAUGAUACACAAAUCGAUUGGAAAGAGUGGACUUGGAACUCAUCCAACUGGGCAUUCGACGAAGAUGAAGAACCAAUAAUUUGCGGUAACGCGACUGGCGCCAGACAUUGCAACGAAAGUUACAUUUGCCUUUGCGUUGGCCCAAAUCCAAAUCAUGGUUAUACAAAUUUUGACAAUUUUCUCUGGUCAAUGCUCACCACGUUUCAGUUGAUUACUUUGGAUUAUUGGGAAGACGUCUACAAUAAGGUAUUGUCGGCGUGCGGACCUAUCAGCGUCUCGUUCUUCACGGUGGUCGUGUUUUUUGGAUCAUUUUAUUUGAUCAACCUGAUGCUCGCUGUCGUUGCAUUGAGUUACGAGGAAGAAGCAGAAAUUACAAACGAGGAACGAAGGAAGGAUUUAACCGACCAUCGCGAGGACUCGACGUUUAGUUUCGACCCGACAAAAAUCAAUGUGAAGACGCUUGCCAAAGAAAAGCAAAAAAAAUUGGAUGCAAGAAAAGGGGUUCUCUUAAGUAGUUACACGCGUAAGAAGACGCGAAGAAGAAGACGUGGGAGAAGCACUGCCGGUUCCACUUCAUCUGGUCAAGAUAAAGGUGGCUCUGUGCCAAGCAGGUCGGUGACACCGAGCCCGAAUCCAAGUCCAAGACACUCAAACGUUCGACCGUCUCAUUUACUUCUACAAAAUGUCAGUCCGCGAACAGCUGAAAAUAAUGGAGUUCAUAGAUUGGCGCCAAAUCGUGGUAUGCUUCAUUCUCGACAAGCAAGUAACAACAGUAAUCAACAAUCGUCGUUAGAUGAUUCCGGGGUUGUCGACGAUCAUGAUGCCGAUGACGUGACAUCCGUGGAAGAGCACGAUAGACGCGAUAACAAAGAAUGUAGGGGCAAUUGGCAAGAGAAGACGCCCACCAAUAAUAAGAAUGGGGACACCAAUGGCGAAACGAAUCCGGAUCAAACGAGAAAUGGAAUGAACAAUGAGACGGAAGUAAACGACAAUGAACGAGAAGAAUCGGAGGCAAUCCAUUCCGGUGGUUAUCUUCGAACGUCUGCAAAUAUUCCAGUCUCUCUUGCUGGCGGACCCACUCGAGAAUUUCGAGUGUUUAAGUGCAAUGGUGUGAAAACAAAGAAACAAAUGUACACUUUGCCGCCAGAGUAUUUAUCGCACAUUGUUAUUUUAGAUGAUCUACCGGAUAGAAAUUGUGAAAAAUGCAUCCAAUGCUGCGUAGAUUACGAGGGUUGGCUACGAUUUCAGAAUUGUUUGUACAAGGUAGUGAGAGAUCCACUAUUCGAGUUGACGAUCACACUGUGCAUCGUCCUCAAUACCGGCUUUUUGGCAAUGGAACAUCACGGAAUGAGCGAAUCGAUACGACAGGCGCUCAACAUCGGUAAUAAAGUGUUUACCAGUAUCUUCACCUUCGAAUGUUUGCUGAAGCUGUUGGCGCUGAGUAAAGAUUUCUUCGCCAACGGAUGGAACAAUUUCGAUUUGAUAAUAGUGUCAGCGUCUCUGAUAGAUCUUACCUUCGAGCUGGUAGACGGUCUCUCCGUGAUACGCGGACUGAGGCUUCUGCGUGUGUUAAAAUUGGCACAAUCCUGGACAACGAUGAAGGUUCUCCUCAGCAUUAUUAUCUCGACGAUCGGCGCUCUUGGAAAUCUCACCUUAGUUCUGGUGAUCGUGAUUUAUAUAUUCGCCGUGAUCGGCAUGCAAUUGUUCAGUAAAGAUUACACAUUGGACAAAUUCUAUCCGGAUCCUGUACCACGUUGGAACUUUAACGAUUUCUUUCACUCGUUUAUGAUGAUAUUUCGUAUACUUUGCGGAGAGUGGAUCGAGCCGUUAUGGGAUUGCAUGAGAGCGGAACAAGAAGACGGACCCGAGGCAUGCUUCGCUAUAUUUUUACCGGCUCUCGUCAUGGGUAAUUUUAUGGUGUUGAAUCUCUUCCUUGCUUUACUGCUCAACAGCUUCAAUUCGGAAGAGUUGAAGCAGAAAAAGGAAGAGGUCGGCGAGGAUUCGAAACUCGCAAGGUCGUUCGAUCGUAUUCGUUCGAUUAUAAGGAAAAAUAAAUGUUCCCGGAUGGGGCAAAUUGUCGCAAAAGGGAGAGGGAAAGAUCCUCGUUUCGAAAAGAUCGUGCGAAGAGUUAUGGAUCGAUCCGACAACGAGACUAAAUACGCCAUUCAAGAGACUGUGCUCAACCUUCCAAAGGAUAACGUUUACAAUAGAUCUUAUCAAGAAAGUUUGAAUCAGCCAGUUUUUACUUACGAUCCGGUUUACUCUCAGUCUCAGAUGGAAGGGCAAAGAUACGAACAGUGGGAAAAGGACGAUGAAGAAAAGGACGAAACAACGUAUGACGAAAAGAAUUACUCGAAUAAAGAAAAAGAGAUGGAAAUGAACGAAAACAAGGAAGAGGAAUGUCCAGAUUUGGAAAUCGUGAGAGAUUCCUCGUGUUCGAACAAAGCACCCGCGGAGGAAAGAAUCGCGAUGCUACCUCAAAAAGAUCCAUUUCCUAGACACGAGGAUCGAAUACCUAAGCGACCUUGGCACGCGCUCGUCAGUUAUGUCGAUGAACUGACCGUUGGUGGUAGAAGAGAUAGCAAGGGGAAAUAUAUCGAUGGGAUAGGUUCUUUCCCCGGAUUUGGAAGGAGUAAUCGGCGUAAAGAACCGCAAGAUUGCUUUCCACGACAGUGUUACCAGAAGUGUACCUGCAUCGAUCGGUGUAUUGCAACAGCUAUUGGCAAAAAAUGGAUCAAACUACGAACAAUGAUUCUAUCGGUCGUUGACACGCCUGGCUUCGAAUGGAUGAUCCUAGUUUUAAUUUUUGCAUCUUCCAUAACGCUUUGUUUUGAAGAUAUUUACCUAGAUGAUAAUCCUUUUUUGAAGAAAAUCCUCUAUUGGACCAAUCUUGGCUUCUGUGCGCUUUUCAGUAUUGAGAUGUUACUCAAGUGGUUAGCUCUGGGUUUCUGCAAAUAUUUCACCAGUUUUUGGACAAUCUUGGAUUUUAUAAUUGUCUUUGUAUCAACAUUUAGUCUGUUAAUAGAAGAAAAUGAAAAUUUGAAAGUGCUAAGAUCUCUAAGAACUUUGAGAGCACUAAGACCUUUAAGAGCAAUAUCGAGAUGGCAAGGCAUGAGGAUCGUAGUGAACGCGUUGAUGUAUGCGAUACCUAGUAUAUUCAACGUGCUCCUCGUCUGUCUCGUGUUCUGGCUGAUAUUUUCUAUAAUGGGUGUACAAUUUUUUGGCGGCAAAUUUUUCAAAUGCGUUGACGAGUACGGCGAAUUAUUAGAUAUAUCGAUUGUAAACACGAAAGACGAUUGUUUGAGGAAAAAUUACUCUUGGGAAAAUAGUAAAAUCACGUUUGAUCACGUGGGAAUAGCAUAUCUAGCUUUGUUCCAAGUAGCCACUUUCGAAGGGUGGAUGGAGGUGAUGCAGGAUGCGGUAGACGCAAGAGGUGUAGAUCUUCAACCUCAAAGAGAAGCAAACAUCUAUGCAUAUUUCUACUUUGUGAUAUUUAUCGUUUGCGGCUCUUUUUUUACACUAAAUCUCUUUAUCGGAGUAAUUAUAGACAACUUUAACAUGUUAAAGAAGAAGGUAAGAAACAUAAAAUCAAUCGAAAAGAGAUUCUUGAAAAAUAAUUUUUUACAUAUUUCGUCGAACGCUGAAACUUUCUUCCCCAUUUUCAUUCCCUUUCAUCCCUAUUUUCAGUACGAAGGUGGAGUGCUAGAAAUGUUUUUGACCGAAAGUCAAAAACACUACUACACUGCCAUGAAAAAACUUGGCCGUAAAAAGCCGCAAAAAGUGAUAAAGCGUCCGAUGAAUCAAAUCCUCGCAAUGUUUUAUGAUCUAUCGAAUUCACGCAGAUUUGAAAUAGCAAUUUUCAUUUUGAUAUUUCUCAACAUGCUGACAAUGGGAAUCGAGCAUUACGAUCAACCUCAUCCAAUUUUCUUCGUCCUUGAAGUGUCGAAUGCAUUUUUCACAACUGUUUUUGGCUUAGAAGCAAUCGUGAAAAUAAUAGGACUUCGAUAUCAUUAUUUCACGGUGCCAUGGAACUUGUUCGAUUUCCUCCUUGUGCUGGCUUCAAUAUUAGGAAUAUUAAUGGAGGAUAUUAUGGUAGACUUUCCGGUGUCCCCGACGCUCCUGCGAGUCGUGAGAGUGUUCAGAAUUGGUAGAAUCUUAAGGCUCAUAAAAGCAGCAAAAGGUAUUCGCAAACUGCUCUUCGCUCUGGUGGUUAGUCUUCCAGCGCUAUUCAACAUCGGUGCCCUGUUAGCUCUAAUUACUUUUAUUUAUGCCAUUAUCGGCAUGUCAGUGUUUGGUCACGUUAAGAAACAAGGUGCGCUUGACGAUAUGGUAAAUUUUGAAACUUUUGGUAGAAGCAUGCAAUUACUGUUUCGAUUAAUGACCUCAGCUGGUUGGAACGACGUGUUAGAAUCAUUGAUGGUACAACCACCGAAUUGCGAUCCGACUCCAACUAAUCGGCAAUUGAAUGGAAAUUGCGGAUAUCCUCUAUUGGCAAUAACCUAUUUUACUUCUUUCAUCAUAAUCAGCUAUAUGAUCGUUAUCAAUAUGUACAUUGCUAUUAUUCUCGAAAAUUUUAAUCAGGCCCAUCAAGAAGAAGAAAUCGGUAUUGUCGAAGACGAUCUAGAAAUGUUUUACAUUCGAUGGUCCAAAUACGAUCCGCACGCGACACAGUUCAUAAAUUUUUCGCAAUUAAGCGAUUUCAUAGCAAGUCUGGAUCCACCAUUAGGGAUUUCGAAGCCCAAUAUGGUUGCACUAGUUAGUUUUAAUCUACCUAUCGCAAAGGGUAAUAAGAUUCAUUGUCUGGAUAUUCUGCACGCACUUGUCAAGCACGUCCUUGGACACGUAGAAGAGUCUGAAGAUUUUCGAAAGCUGCAGGAACAAAUGGAUAUUAAAUUUAAGAAACAAUUUCCCACUCGUAAAGAAUUAGAAAUUGUUUCUUCAACGAGAAUGUGGAAACGUCAAGACAAAGCAGCUAGGUUGAUUCAACGUACCAUCAGGGAAUAUAUAACAGCGAAAAAGGAACGUGAAAGGAUGGCUCAAGAAGUGGAUUCUCAGACUCAGACGUCAAGUCCUGGUGGUGGGAACGAGGGUAGGGGCGGGGGUGGAUGGAGUGGCAAAGUAUCGGCUUUUCUACAUGUGCAUAGAGGUAGUCGAGCCAGUAGUCGCAAGUCCUCGAGGGCCAGCGACGCCAGCGAUUUCAGCGAGCUCGGUACAGCUUCGGCAUGGCUUUUUCCAAAUUUACCUCUGCUGUUGCUCUCCGGCGCCACCGGUACUCACGAGGACCUGCCUCCUCCCGCUCUGACCGUAUCCCGUCCCUCGCCGACUACAGAACAACAAAUGUUUACCGGUUCCUCUGUUGCUUCUGCUACUUCCUCUGAUCUACACACUAGAUCAAUCGGGGGUCCAACUCUCGGCCGACAAAAUGCCGUUGAAAGUUAUCCCGACGAGGAAGUUCCCAGUCUUCCUACGAAGCGCAAAUCACUUCCGCCAAGCGCUACAACACUCUCUCUGAACACCUUACAUCGUGAUAUCAAAGAAGCAUUUAGCAGACGUUGCGGUAGCCUUCGAAAGAAACAUCAACCAGCUCCUGAACCAGCUCCGCUGCCAAUCGAAUCUACCGAUGUAAGCAUACUUGUUACGGAACCCAGUCCAGAGAAUUCAGCACCGCCUUCAAGACCGGCAUUACUUAGACAACAAUCCGCCGCCACGGUCGUUCAUGUCCUCGUACACAGGGAGAGUGAAGAAUAUCGAGAUGUACAACCCGAUAAUGCCAGUUGAUCUUAGAUCAUUAUGCUCGGCAUCCUUCCUGAAACAGUUUAAUGAAAGGCUAAUUUGCUUGUUAUCGCGUUACUAUCACUUCGAGAUUCGAAUCUAAUCAAUUCCCUCUCCUCUCCCCCUUUCUUUGACGCUGUUGCCUUAUCAUCAUUACUAUCAUUUAU